AUGGCCUCGGCAUUCGACCGCGGAGCGGCGGCGGGCGCCUCGUCGUCGUCGGCGCAGGCCUCGGCGCUGCCGGCCCGCCACAAGUACGCCAACCUGCCGGACGUGGACAUCACGGCACCGGACGUCUACGAGUCCACGAGUGUGCCAAGGACACGGCGACGCAAGGUCAAGCCCAGCGGCGGCAGCGGCAGGAGGCGAGACGAAGACAUCGAAGGCCGCAAGACAGCCGGGCGAGCCGAGGGCCCCAACAGCCGCAACGACGACGAUACAGACGACGACGAGGAUGGCGACGAGGAUGGCUACUCGUUCGAGUCGCAGUCGGACGAAUCGAUCGAGUCGUCCGACGACGACACGCCCUACAAGAUCCGCAAGGUGCCGCGAGGGUGGACCAAGGCGGCGCCGCGGGUCGAGAUUCAGUCCGACGACAUUGAGAGGACCUCGCUCAAGCAGUUUGAGGCCGACAAGAAGUUCCGAAACGCCGUCGAGCUCGAUGGCCGCGCGGCCGACUUCUCAGACAGGCUCAAGAGGGCCGGCGGCAGGAGGCGCGAGCCCGUGGGCAGGGCCACGACGGGGCGCGGCCGCGAUGCUGGCAUAUCGACCACCACCUACCGACUCGGCGGGCCCAGCGCUGCGCGGCGAGACGGCGACGAGGAAGACUCGAGCGAGAGCCUGGUCGACCGGCUGAGGAGGCUCAAGUUCGAGGCAGGUCUGCUCGAAGAGGAGAUCGCCAGGUCGGCCGAGACCGAGAGCGCCAGCAUCAACGACGCCGGUGAGGGCAAGAAGGACACGGCCACAUCGACCGCGCAGCCGGCGCCGAGCUCAAAGGUCGACCACGAUGUGCCACUGUCGGAGCUGCUCUUGCAGCUGAGGAUACUGCGAGCGCAAUUGGCGCAGCUUGAUUCGGCCGAUCCGACCGCGGCGGAUGCUGCUACGACCAGGGACAGGGCGGCAUGGGAAGCGCAGACGAGAGGUCUCCUGGAGAAGCUCGCCGGCUCGGCGGCAACAGCGACCACGUCCGCUUCGGCCGCGGGCUCAACCGACGCCGAGGCCGUCAACGCGGCCAAGGCGCAAGCGCAAGUGCCCGGCAAGGCAGCCUCGACGAACAUCGGUGCGCUGGACCGCCGGCUCGCUGAGCUCGAGGAGGCGCUGGGCGUCAACGAAGCGAUGCUGGACGAGAACAAGGCGACGCCGAAGCCGAUCCUGCCCACGCUGAACCGGCUCGAGCAGCAGCUGCAGCUGCUGAGCCAGCCGCGCCACCUCGACGCCAUCAGCCGUCGAGUCAAGGUGUUGGUCACGGAGCUGGAUCGCGUCCAGGACUCGAGGCAGAAGCUGCUGGCGGGCGGCGGCGAGGCUACCAACAACGGCGUCUCUCUGCCUGCCAAUGUCGCCGGCGGCGAUGGCAAGGGCGGCGAUGCUGCUGCUGCUGCGGCGGCGGCGGCGACGACGACGGAGCAAAAGGGGCUGACUGCGGACGAGGUGGCCAAGCUGCAGCAGCUGUUCAGCGUGUCUACGCGGCUGGACCCGCUGCUGCCGCUGAUCCCGACGGUGCUGGGGCGGAUGCAGACGCUGUCGGACCUGCACGCGUCGUCUGCGCACUUUGCCCAGACGCUCGACGCCCUCGAGGCGCGGCAGCAGCAGCGGGACAGGGAGGACCGCGAGGCGAGCGAGCUGAUGGCCAACCUCGAGGCGAGCAUGGCGGAAAACAGAGAGCGCAUGCAGGGCAACCUCGCCAGCCUCGAGCAGAGGAUCGCCAGCCUCGCCGGCAGGAUGGACCGCCUGUCGUCGCCGUAG